CAAGAAGCUGCGUCCCUGGUUGCCUGGUACUCUGGUAAACAGGUAGAAAAGGUGAAAAUGGCUCUUUAUUUAACACUUUAACGAGUCACAGAGGAUGUCACUCUUCAGCAAAAGUUGCGGUGAAUAUUUCCUACUUUCAGAAGUUUGUGAAAGCGACGAAAUUACUUAGCUGGUUUCACAGGUGUCGUUAUCGAAACACGCAUUUACAAGCCAAGGUAGCAGCUAACAGCUAACAGCUAAACCUCUGUAGCCUGAUUCGUGUACGCGACAUUUUUUAACGACGUAUAAAAAUGUCGCUCCCGCAAUUUUAACUGUAUAUUUUACAAUGUUUUAAUCACCAUAAGUCACGUAAUUGGUGUCUUCGGCAAUUGGACCGAAAAGACAUGACAUACAAAAGUAAUUUAACAAAAGUCAGGAUGCAAGUCCUUCAGGACAACUUCUUCUACCACUCAAAUUCGAGGUUUGGAGCUGGGGGAGGCCUCGCACACGAGAGACAACUCCUGCUGGAGGAGCAGAAAUUAUGCAAAGCUCGAGCUCGCAAGCUUUCCCUGGAAACCAAUCGACGCAGGAAGGCGCUGGAGGAGAAACGCAGGCAGCUGGACAUGCAGGACGAGCAGCUGAAAGAGAGCAUCCUACAGCAACGCAGACAGCAAAUACAGGACGCAACCGAGCGCUUCCAAAACGCCCAUUUACCUCCCUCUCAGAGACGAAGGCAAACUUUCAGGAGAAAUGUCCCAACAAUUGAAGCUGCACUUGGUCAAAUUCAAGGCACCUUGAGCUCAAACUUCCAGCAUUCACCUUUAAUGUCCAACAGUUCUAACAUUAACAGAAGCUGCACUCCCUCUUUGAAACCUCCCACGGUUUCUAAAUCCACCCACUCUCCUGCCGUCUCUGCUGUGGAGACUUACAACAGACUGCUGCAGGAGCAGUUUGUGGCUCACUUCAAGAACAGUCAAAAAGUUGGAGAGACGCAGCAGAAGCAACACGACCACAGUCCACAGGACAGCUACUUGUCUGAUAGCUGUGAUUCUGAAAGCCCUUUAAGUCGGGACAGUUUGGAGAUUGAGGAUCCCAACCACAGCAGAAAUCUGCAGGGCUCCUACUCAUCAUUCUGGCCAGACUCAGAGAAACCACAUAAAAACUCUGGAAAUCAAAAGGAUUUGUUUCUAUCUUCAGACAUGACUAGGUCAGCAGCUCGGCUGCUCGACGUUACUGUCGCUCCAUCUGAAUAUCUGAAGCAGGAAACGCAGGAACAAUCCGGAGCGCUUAACAAUAAGACGCACUUUUCUAAAACAGAGACUCACUCUGGUCUGAACAACUGCAACUUAUUAACACUUUGUGAAAUUAUACACCCAGAGAACUUUGAGAACAGUACCCAAGACAACAUCACUGUUACAGAUAGAGCCAACUCAGCACUUGACUCUUCAUGUCCAAAACAAGACAAGCUGUUGGAUCUCACACAGAAGAGGGUCCAUGAUGACAGACACUUGAAACACCAGCCUGUUACAGAUAUGCAUUUUGUUGCCAAAAAUGGCAACAGCAAAGAGAUGCAGUGUGGGGCUUCCCCAAAGCCAAAUAUUUUAUUAAAUGAUAGCAAAAUCUAUAAUAUCUCACAAAAAAGCAUUCUCCAGCGAACAGGCAAACACGCUUUCAUAAACAACCUCAAUUAUUUCAUAAACUCUGAGCUGAAACAUGAGAAGUCCAUUAAUACACCAACGCUGCAACAUGCAUGCUCGUCUGGCAUUCCAGGAGACACGCCCAAAUGCCUUAAGUGUCCUGAGGAGGACAAAGAAAAGUUGCCUUUUUCAGUUGGGACAUCUCAUUCAGGACGUGAAGUCAGAUUACUCAAAGGGAUUCUCAAAAAGAAGUCCAGAUAUGUGCCUGGAGAUGCUACAUGCGCGUCUCAAUUAGGCCAUUUAAUUUUUGCAAAACAAGUAGCUUUAGCAAUCAGGGACAGUGUUGAAUUGACAAAGGUCAAAGCUCAGGAUGUUGAGAGCAACAACAACAUAAUCAAAAAGAGGCUGCGCUGGUUUGAUGGGGUACAUGUGGAAGAAGAGGAUGAAGGACGGAUGAAAGCAGCCAUGUCUUCUCAUCUUCCUCAUUCAAGGAAAAACCUGGAAGACCACCAGCAAUGUCUCAGUACAGUCUCAUGGGCUUCCAAGCCUGGACCCAACAUGAUCCCGCCAGUCUCAUUUGGUUAUCAAUUUACAAAGAAAGCGUGGGCAGAUGUUGGGGUUCAAGUCAGUUUACCCCAGGAACGAGCGAACGAGGUCAAGGUGCAAUGUAGCACCAGGCCUGGUGGCCCCAAGGUCCCUCAGAGAGAGCGCUCUACCAGAGCCGCAUCGGGUCCUGUUUCUACACAGACUAGAAAGGGCACCGUCAUACGACCUCAAUCUGCCACCGAGGUGAAUCAGAUUGCCAAAACCCAAGGGAAGGUCAUGGUGCCCCGCCCACCUCCUCGGACAGAGUCAACAGAAGAAAAGAAGACGUAUAUUAUUCCUCCAUGUGACAUGGAUCAAGCUAGUGCCAACUGUAAACAGGCUGCGGCUGUCAAACAGGCCCUGUUCAAGGAUACACUGGAAGGCUUUUCCUCAACAAGCACACGUAAUUUAACCAGAACUAAUAGCACUGUUAUGUACACACCAAUGCCACCUGCGUAUACACACCCCAUCUCAGAGGACAACACAAAGGGAAAGACCAACGCGGGUCAUCCGGAAACACAGGGUUCUGGCAGGAGAGGAAUUGUGUUUGAUGAAAAACGCCUCUGUUUGGAUUCCACUCCCACAGAUGAGGAGAUUGCGGAGCUCUGGCACAGUAUCCGCGGUGUCUUUGCCACCAAGGAAGUAAAAACCCCGGUUAGAGGCCAGGCAGUGGAGAGUGGGCGGUUUGAGAGGAAAGUCAGCAUGGAGCGGAACGGAGAGUGUCCUGGCUCAGCAAACGCAAAGCUUUCUCAGCCAAUAAAACAGAUGGUGGAGCCAGUCAUGAAGUUUUCCAGAACAUUUAAUGGGGCCUUUACAGACGAUGGAGAAAGAGGAGCAACCCAGUUACACUUGGCUGAAGGACGCGCUGCAGACCCACGCAAAGAAAGAGUUAUUGCGGCUACCAUGGAAACGACCCAAACACAGUGUCCAGGAACAGGGCAGCAUGGGGAACUCACCAGCCUCUCCUUGGAAGAGCAGAAAAUCCUUCUCUCUCUGGACAGACUUAACCACCGUCUGUACUGUAUGCAGGGACAAGUUCCAAGUCAUAUCAGCAGGCAGGGCCUUGUACUCAUUGAUGCACCUUCUACAAAGGAAAUUAAAGUCACAAACCAUAAUAAGCAGCGUCUGUUCUCGGUGAACAACCACUCCCUACACUCAAAGAAGUUCUGACAUAAAGCAUGUGAGGUCCUCGCUCCCAUUAAUGCAUCAUUCAUAAUGUGUAACCAAGCACUAUAUUAUCCUUUGAUUCAAUUAAUCUUUAAACCAGAUGUGCCUUUUUCGGUCAAAGCCAAAAUGUACAAAAUGAAACUAGAACGCAUCAUCACAAAAUAACUCUUAAAGUUCCCAUGUGUACGAUUUAUCAAUUAAUUCAUUAUUCAUUUAUCAACUGUAUCAAUGAUUUCCUUGAUUUAUGGAACAAGGAAACCAGAAAAUAUUCACAUUCAAGAAGCUGAAAACUUAGAGAUCUUGUUUUAAUGAAUGAUUGAAAAACACAGUUUCAGGAAGGGCCGUGUUAAAUACACAGAUAGUGGGUUCUCUUCACACUGAUUCAUGUUGUUGUUUUACCACCAUGUUUAAAGAGUAAUCCAUUGUUGACAUAUCUAACCGUGCAAACACUCUAAACGCAUUGUGAUUUUCCGCAUUGCAUUACUCGCACACUUGCUGGAUUAUUUGUGUUUUAAUAUGGCACGUAAGGUAAGAGGUACACAUAGAUGCCACUAAAUCUUACACACUAGUCCUCAAAGCCACUCUUUAGCAAUAGAAUACCUUUUUGCCUUUGUAAACCAAAAUGUCUUCAGUUUAUUCCUCCGUAAAAAAAGGUCAAAGCUUUCUGUAUUUACAUGUUAAAACUACAAUGUCACGGCAUCUAUUUUGGGGGCCGUGUCAGUUGUAAACUGACAUGUAAACUCAGUGUUGACUGAUAAAUUGACUGGGUGCAGUCGGUGUGUUUGCCUUAUUUCCUCUGCCGUGAGCUGCACAGUCCAUAAAUUCACUGGAGGAGCGGAAGUGGUUUGCAAGAGAAGUGUUGCAAAGGUGAAGGUGUGUUUGUCUUUCUUUGACAGCUGCAAAAAGGCCGAUUAUGUCCUGUGCACAAAGACUCGACCUAACUGGCUCAACGAGGUGAAUCUAUGCCACAGGCUUUCCAGCCAGCUGUGUCUUUUCCCUGAGUCAGUCACUAAUGUCCUUAAAUGAUAGUGAAUUACAUGAAAGACUAGUAUUUAUUCUUUCAUUU